AUGUGUAGAAGACAGAAAGGGGAAGAGCUGGUGGGAGGUGAGUUUGACCUGGAGAUGAACUUCAUCAUUCAGGACAGUGAGAGUAUAGGCUGUAUGGUCGACCUACUGUCUCACUGCGAAGUCACCUGCCAAGCUGAGGUGUGGUCCAUGUUCACAGCCAUCCUGAGGAAGAGUGUGAGGAACCUUCAGACCAGCACAGAGGUGGGCCUCAUACAACAGGUCCUGUCCAAGAUGAGCUCUGUGGACGACAUGAUCGCAGAUCUGCUAGUGGAUAUGCUGGGGGUGAUGGCCAGCUACAGUAUCACAGUGAAGGAGCUGAAGCUUCUAUUCAGUAUGCUGAGGGGAGACAACAGUGUCUGGCCUAGACAUUCUAUCAAGUUGUUGUCUGUGUUGAACCAGAUGCCUCAGAGACACGGUCCAGACACCUUCUUCAACUUCCCUGGUCGCAGUGCAGCGGCCAUAGCGUUGCCGCCCAUUGCUAAGUGGCCUUACCAGAACGGUUUCACUCUCAACACCUGGUUCAGACAAGAUCCCCUCAACAACAUCAACGUAGACAAGGACAAACCAUACCUCUACUGUUUCCGGACAAGUAAAGGUAUUGGUUACUCGGCUCACUUUGUGGGGAACUGUCUGAUCGUGACAUCACUCAAGUCCAAGGGGAAAGGCUUCCAACAUUGUGUGAAGUACGACUUUCAACCCCGCAAGUGGUACAUGAUCAGCAUCGUCCACAUCUAUAAUCGCUGGAGGAACAGUGAGAUCCGUUGCUAUGUCAACGGUCAGCUGGUCUCCUACGGCGACAUGGCCUGGCACGUCAACACCAAUGACAGUUAUGAUAAGUGUUUUCUAGGUUCGUCGGAGACGGCGGAUGCUAACAGGGUGUUCUGUGGUCAGCUGGGAGCUGUUUACGUGUUCAGUGAGGCUCUCAACCCCGCUCAGAUCUUCGCCAUACAUCAACUGGGUCCCGGCUACAAGAGCACCUUUAAGUUUAAGUCGGAGAGUGACAUCCACCUGGCAGAACACCAUAAGCAGGUCCUGUAUGAUGGGAAGCAGGCCAGCUCCAUCUCUUUCACCUACAACGCCAAGGCCACCGAUGCACAGCUCUGUCUGGAGUCAUCACCCAGGGAGAACGCAUCCAUCUUCGUUCACUCACCACACGCACUCAUGCUGCAGGAUGUGAAGGCCAUAGUGACCCACUCCAUCCACAGUGCUAUCCACUCUAUAGGAGGGAUUCAGGUCCUCUUCCCUCUCUUCUCACAACUGGACUACAGACAACUCAACGACAGCUCUGUGGACACCACCGUGUGUGCCACCCUGCUAGUGUUCCUGGUUGAGCUGCUGAAGAGCUCCGUAGCCAUGCAGGAACAGAUGCUUGGGGGGAAAGGAUUCCUGGUGAUCGGGUACCUGCUGGAGAAGUCGUCCAGGGUCCACAUCACCAGAGCGGUGUUGGAACAGUUCCUGUCCUUUGCUAAGUACCUGGACGGGUUAACCCACGGAGCGCCACUACUCAAACAGCUGUGUGACCACGUCCUCUUCAACGCUGCCAUCUGGAUACACACACCCGCCAAAGUUCAGCUGUCCUUGUACACCUACCUGUCUGCGGAGUUCAUUGGCACGGCGACCAUCUACAGCACCAUCCGUCGUGUCGGUACCGUGCUGCAGCUGAUGCACACGCUGAAGUACUACUACUGGGCCAUCAACCCACUGGAGAGCAGCGGCAUCACGCCGAAAGGACUGGGUAUGCACACACGCACAC